AUGUUGUUUGUGGAAAAUGUUGUCGGGUUUGAGACAUCUGAUACACAUGCAAAACUGAUUGAAAUACUGGAGAAAACAAAUUUUAUUACACAAGAGUUCAUUCUCAGCCCUUUACAGUUUGGAGUUCCAUAUUCUAGGCCUCGUUACUUUUGUCUGGCUAAGAGAAAACCAUCAUCUUUUGGAAAUGAAUUUUUGAGCCGCCGGCUGAUUCAGUCUCCUAAGCCAUUAGUUGAGCCUUUCAACGCACAUGCUAAGGAAGAUGAUUUAUCACUCGAGGAUAGACACAAUUUGUUCCAGUCAUGUCAACCUAUUGAGAAGUUUCUUUUAUUAAAGAAUCUUAGCAAUGAUACAAAUGUUGAACCUGAGGCUUCGGCGACCGGUGUUUCCAAUGACAUUUCUAGAACUUUAGGGGAAGAUAAUGAAGAUGAAUACGACUCUUUAGACAAGUAUUACAUUCACCCAAUCUUGUUAGAGAGGUGGGGAAGUGCUAUUGAUGUUGUCUAUCCUGAUUCAAAGCGCUGCUGCUGUUUUACGAAAAGUUAUUACAGAUAUGUGAAGGGAACUGGCUCCCUUUUGGCUACUGUUCAGCCAAUGAAGAGGGACAAAACACCCUAUGAAAGCGCUUUUUCAAGAAAAACGCUGCCUUAG